CUCAACACUCAGUCUCGGUGUGCUGUUCACACACAGUCUGAGUGACAAAGUAAUCUGGAUUUCACCGAACCCAAGUAAGUGAUCGAUGUCAUUUCUCCUGACUGGUGUAAAUACUAAACACUAGUAGAUGACCCAUACCUCAUGAAGAGCAGUGAAAAUAAACCUCUUUCUACACUGUAAAAAAAUCUUUGUAAUUUUAAAGACUGUAAAAAUGUCACAGCAAAAACUGUUAAUUGGCUAAUGUUAAAUUUCCUUAUCUGCAGAGGUAGAGUUUGUUGCAAUUUAUGUUGUUAAAUGAAUAUUUAUUGCAUAAUUUUAGUGUCAUGAGUUACCAUGAUGGUGUUUUAUGUUUGUGUGUAUGGCAUUGUGUACCUUAUUCAUGUAUUUACUUACGUUUGUGGAAAUGUGAUGGACUUUGAUUUGCCAUAUGGCUUUCUUUUUACCAUUUUCAUGAUGAUGUUUAAUAAAAAAUCAGACUCAAUCAGAAUGAGCUUUAUUGCCAGGUGUGUUUACACAUACGAGGAAUUUGUUUUCGUGAUAGAAACUCUGCAGUACAACAGAAUGACAGCGACAGAACAUAAAACACAUAAUAAAAGAAUACAAAAAAUACAAAAAGUAGGUAAGGAAUGACAAUAUACAAAUUGACAAUUGUAGGCAGGUAUUUUACAAAAAGCAGUUAUUUAUGUACAGGUAUAUAUGUGCAAAAUUUAAGUGCACAAGGUGUGUAAGGUGGUUUGUUUUGACAGUUUUAAACUGAAAAGUGAUCAUAUAAAUAUAAUAUAAAUUUUGCUCUCUCUUUUUUAAAACCACAUCUGCAUACUUUUUUAUGUAAAAAGGCAAGGAUUUAAAAAAAUGAAUCAUCUUAAACAUCCCAAUGGGAUUAUAACUUUUCAGAAAUGAGUUUAGGUUUACACAACAAACUAACAAGCCAAGAUUAGCUGUGGAUACUGAUCACCUUACAGAACUAGAGCUGAGAUGGAGGUGUGUGACAUUCUGAGAUGAUGAUGGAUGGAGCAGACAGAACAAAAUCAAAACAGCCUAAUUAUUCUUGAAACUCAGAGGAUACAAGAUGAGAUGAGGAUGUUGGCGGUUUUUGAAGCAUAAAGAUUUUUCGCAAACUUGCUAAGACCUAAAAUGAGGAGUCGCAGCAAUUCUGGAGUUAAACUUGACAACUACGCGCGGAUAGUUCAUCAUACUAUUCUGCGUCACCAAUCUUGAAGGAGUUCCCCGAGAGAUGCUUAGCACUUGUUGGCCCUUUUGACUUCUGUCUGCGGUCCAGCUCACCCCUAAACCAUCUCGAUUGGGUUCAGGUCCGGUGACUGUGGAGGCCAGGUCAUCUGGCGCAGCACCCCAUCACUCUCCUUCUUGGUCAAAUAGCCCUUGAUGCCUUCAGUGUGACUCUACAAUUUUCAUAGUCAUGAAAAUAAAGAAAACUCUUUGAAUGAGAAGGACCCAGUGACAGGUCUGUUACCAGCAAGUAAAGAGCAGCCUGAUGCCUGGGUGAGGGACAAUGUCUACAGCAUCCUGUCUGUCUGGGCUCUCGGCUUGGCUUACAGGAAGAACGCAGACCGCGAUGAAGACAAGGCUAAAGCCUAUGAGCUUGAGCAGAGUGUGGUGAAGUUAAUGAGGGGAAUUCUUCAGUGCAUCAUGCGACAGCUGGACAAAGUGGAGAAGUUCAAAUACAGUAAGAGCACUUUGGACAGCCUCCACGGCAAGUACAACUCUAAGACCUGUGCCGCUGUGGUGGGGGACAAGGAGUGGGGGCAUCUCCAGCUCGACGCUACCUCAGUCUAUCUCCUCUUCCUGGCUCAGAUGACUGCCUCAGGGCUGCACAUUGUGUACACUCAGGACGAAGUGGAUGUGGUCCAAAAUCUGCUGUUUUAUAUUGAAUCUGCAUACAAAGUGGCUGACUAUGGGAUGUGGGAGAGAGGAGACAAAACCAAUCAGGGGAUCCCCGAGCUUAAUGCCAGCUCAAUCGGGAUGGCCAAAGCAGCGCUCGAAGCCCUAGAUGACUUGAAUCUAUUUGGGGCCAAAGGGGGACCUGACUCUGUGGUUCAUAUCUUAGCAGACGAUAUCCAGCACUGCCAGUCCAUUCUGAGCUCCAUCUUGCCCAGAGCUUCAACAUCUAAAGAGGUGGAUGCUGGCCUCCUGUCCAUCAUUUCAUAUCCAGCUUUUGCUGUGGAAGACAUGGAGUUAGUCAAUAUCACUAAGGAGGAAAUUAUCUCCAAGCUUCAGGGAAGAUAUGGCUGUUGUCGUUUCCUUCGAGAUGGUCACAAAACUCCUAAAGAGGACCCCAACAGGCUGUACUAUGAAUCUGCUGAGCUGAAACUUUUUGAAAACAUUGAAUGUGAGUGGCCACUUUUCUGGACCUACCUGAUCUUGGACGGCAUCUUUAUCAACAGUCCAGAGCAGGUUCAGGAGUAUCGGGAUGCUCUGGAAGGGAUCAUGAUCAAACAUAAAGAUGGAAUAUGGCUGCUGCCUGAACUCUAUAGUGUUCCUCCAGAUAAGGUGGAUGAAGAGUAUGUUAAUCCACACACAGUGGAGAGGAUCCCAAUGGGAAAGUGCCCUCUGAAGUGGGGCCAGUCCCUAUAUGUCCUGGGCAAUCUUUUAGCAGAGGGUUUUUUGGCUCCUGGAGAGAUAGACCCUUUAAACCGCAGGUUCUCUACCAUCCCUAAACCAGAUGUUGUUGUACAAGUAUCCAUCCUUGCUGAGAAUGAGGAUAUUAAGGCACUCCUGAAGAAGAAUGGGAUUUAUGUGGAGACAGUGGCAGACAUCCACCCACUCAGAGUGCAACCAUCUCGAGUUCUCAGCCAUAUUUAUGCUAGACUAGGGCGUAAUGAGAGACUGGGGCUGACCGGCAGACCUUACCGUAGGAUUGGUGUGUUAGGAACCUCCAAGCUUUACAUCAUCCGCAACACCAUCUUUAGCUUCACACCUCAGUUCAUAGAUCAUCAGCAGUUCUAUCUGGCUCUUGACAACAAGAUGAUCGUGGAAAUGUUGCGGACUGACCUGUCCUACCUCUCCUCUCGCUGGAGGAUGACCGGUCGUCCUACUGUCACCUUUCCCAUUUCCCAGACCAUGCUUAACCAUGAACACACAGACUUGGACCCUGCUGUGCUGGCUACACUUAAGAAACUACAGGAUGGGUACUUUGGAGGGGCAAGGAUCCAGACCGGCAAGUUAUCUGAGUUCCUGACCACGUCUUGUUGCGCUCAUCUGAGCUUCCUCGAUAGUGGUAAGACACGCUCCAAUAGGGGCUGUUAUGAAGAUGAUGAUGUUGAGGACGACAACUUUAGAGGUGCUGUGCAUGACCUGAGCUUCAAUGAUGAUACAGAUGAUCUAGCACAAUACCUAGACCAGCUGUUGACUUCAGCAGUGCCUCAGCGGGGGUUCAGAGACGAGGCACAGGCAAAAGGAGUGAGUGGCUUCAAGGCUGCAGCCUCUAAGACGUGUGAGAUGGUGUCUCUCAUGAACAAAGCCAAGGAGCUCCAAAUCCACAAUGUGAACAUGUAUCUUCCCAAUAAACUUUUCCACUCCCCUCAGCCUGUGUUUAAUCUAAAAGAUUUCCAAGGACAACAUACAAGUCAUAGUCCCGAGGUGCUUGUGUCCUCUGAGUGUAACCUGCCUCGGGACACUCAUGGUGACAUUGACUACAGUGGAUUAGUCCAGGUGUUUAAAGAUACCCAGAGCCUUCAUGACCAGGCAGACAUCCUCUACAUCCUUUUCAAAGACAAGGGAAUGGACUGGGACACUCAGCUGCAUGGGAAAGUCAUCACUGUCGAGAGUUUGCUGCUGGAGCUCUAUGAGAAGGCUGGAGAUCUGCGUUGCUGGGAUCUCAUCCGUAUGAUUUCAGGCAUGCUCCGCAAGAAAGUGGAGGAACUGGACUGGGCCUGCUCAGAUUUGCUGGCUCAUCAAAAGCACUUGACAGUGGGUUUACCUCCGGAGCCCAGAGAGAAGACCAUUACUGCGCCUUUGCCACCUGACGAACUGGCCUUACUUAUUGAUCAAGCCAGCGAGAACAACAUUACUGUUGCCAUCCUCACACAGGAGAUCAUAGUGUAUCUAGCAAUGAUCAUCAGAACACAGCCCAGUUUGUUCAGUGAGAUGUUUCGGCUGAGGAUUGGCCUCAUCAUUCAAGUUAUGGCAACUGAGCUGGCCCAUUCUCUGAACUGCUCAGGUGAGGAGGCAACUGAGAGUCUGAUGAAACUGAGUCCCUCCGAGUUGAAGAAUCUUCUCCACCACAUUUUGAGUGGCAAAGAAUUUGGUGUUGAAAGAAGUGUUCGUUCAGUUGAGCCGGGCACCAGUCCUGUUAUCUCCAUCCACGAGGUCGGCAAUGUUGGUGCUACCAAGAGUGAGCGUGCAGGCAUCAGCAAACUGAAGAGUGACAUGAAGAUGACAUUUUUUGGUCAAUCCUUCGAUGCUGAGCAUGUGGAGUCAGGGAUGUACCGGAUGCCUUCAAUUGAUGAAUUCGACAGCUCAAUGAGUGUUGAUGCGUCUCGGGACAGUCGGCAGGGCCAGUGGCUGCGCAGAAGAAGGCUUGAUGGUGCGCUCAACAGAGUUCCUGUAGGCUUCUUUCAAAAAGUCUGGAGGAUUCUGCAGAAGUGUCACGGCCUGUCAAUAGAAGGCUAUGUUCUCCCAUCUUCUACUACAAGAGAGAUGACCCCGGGAGAGAUAAAGUUUGCAGUACAUGUGGAAAGGGUGCUGAACCGUGUCCCCCAGCCUGAAUAUAGGCAGCUACUGGUCGAAGGCAUCCUAGUGCUUACAAUGCUGGCUGAAGUGGACAUUCAAAGCGUAGGCAGUAUCAUCCACGUAGAGAAGAUUGUUCACAUUGCCAAUGACAUGUUCUACAAGGACCAGAAGGAUCUUGGUGCAGAGGACAGUAUUUUAGAGAAGGAUCCCUCUACGGGCAUCUGCCGCCUCCUGUGUGACACUGCACCCAGCGGUCGCUUUGGCACCAUGACUUACCUCACUAAAGCUGUGGCUACCUACGUCCAGGACUUCCUGCCUAGUGGCGCCUGUGCUGUACAGUGAUAUCAUAAAGUUUUUAAAUAGUAUAGUUUUUACUGUACAGGGGAAGAGACCACUAUUUUAGAGCAGUUUUUAGGGGUUCGUGUGAGUUUGAGUGUGAAAGCAAAAUCUGUAACCGUUUUAAACCAGAAUAAAUGAACUUGAUGUUGACCACA